AACGUGAUCAUUUUAUCUUCUGUCUAUGAGGGACCCAGGUCACCGAAGUUCCAAACUAGCUUCUUUCUUAUUUCUUUUUCGGUUCUUGUUUGUAAUCACGAAGAUUUUACAUCUUGGCUCACUGGCUAUGAUCCUUAAUAACUUGAACAUCCUUCCUUUUCUCUGUGACUGCCAUAGGCUAUUUCUACUUAUAAGCUUUUAAGUAUACAUACAUAUUAAAUAUAUCAGUUUCCGUGAAUCAUGGAAGAACCCAAGGCCAGCGGCGACUUCCAGUACCUCUCCGGCUUCGGCAACCACUUGUCGUCGGAGGCCCUCGUCGGAGCUCUUCCGGCCGACCAGAAUAGCCCCCUCAUCUGCCCCUAUGGUCUCUACGCCGAGCAAAUCUCCGGCACCUCUUUCACCACCCCUCGCAGCCACAACCUCUUCAGUUGGUUUUAUCGGAUCAAGCCUUCGGUGACUCACGAACCGUUCAAGGCUCGUGUUCGUUCUAACGAGAGACUUUUGAGCGAGUUCAGCCAAUCCAACAGCACUACUAACCCAACUCAACUUCGAUGGAAGCCUGUGGAAAUUCCUGAUUCGCCCACCGAUUUCAUUGAUGGUUUGUUCACUGUUUGUGGUUCCGGCAGCUCCUUCAUGCGCCAUGGAUAUGCUAUUCACAUGUACACUGCCAACAAAUCCAUGGACAAAUGUGCCUUUUGCAAUGCUGAUGGAGACUUCUUAAUUGUUCCCCAACAAGGAAGACUCGUGAUCACUACUGAGUGCGGAAGAUUAAAAGUUUCGCCUGGUGAAAUCGCUAUAUUACCUCAAGGCUUUCGUUUCACUGUGAGUCUGCCGGAUGGCCCAUCCCGUGGCUAUGUAGGUGAAAUUUUCGGUACUCAUUUUCGACUUCCGGAUCUGGGACCAAUAGGUGCUAAUGGUCUUGCAUCUUCAAGGGAUUUCCUUGUUCCUACAGCAUGGUAUGAAGAUAAAUUCAAUCCUGGGUACACUAUAGUGCAAAAGUUUGGUGGUGAACUAUUUGUUGCAGUCCAGGAUUUCUCUCCCUUCAAUGUUGUUGCUUGGCAUGGUAAUUAUGUUCCAUAUAAGUAUGAUCUAAACAAAUUCUGCCCUUACAAUACUGUUCUGUUCGAUCAUAGUGAUCCCUCAAUAAACACUGUACUGACUGCACCAACGGAUAAACCUGGGGUGGCAUUGCUUGAUUUUGUAAUUUUCCCACCAAGAUGGCUAGUUGCUGAGCACACCUUCCGUCCUCCAUACUAUCAUCGCAAUUGCAUGAGUGAAUUUAUGGGCCUCGUUUAUGGUGGCUAUGAGGCUAAGGUCGAUGGAUUUCUUCCAGGCGGUGCAAGUCUUCAUAAUUGCAUGACUCCGCAUGGUCCUGAUACGAAGUCGUAUGAGGCUACGAUUGCACGUGGGAAUGAUGUAGGACCUUCAAAGAUCACAGAAACAAUGGCUUUUAUGUUUGAAUCGUGUUUGAUACCCCGCAUCACUCCAUGGGCUCUACAAUCACCAUUCUUGGAUCAUGAUUAUUACCAGUGCUGGAUUGGCCUCAGAUCUCACUUUAAUCAGAAAUCUGAAGUCCCAAACCUGCAGAAUAAUGGAGAGUAGGGGAUUCAAAAGGUUGUUGGUGAUCCAUACAAAACACACAAAGGAGGUUAGUGACAAAACAAUACAGGCAGCCGAGGCUUGGGUCCAGUGGCAUUAUCAACUGCCUCAAAGAGUUGCACAAAGGUUCGAAUCCAGAGUAAGCUCAGGAUAAUAGUGUGUGUAUGUCUCUGUAUACAAAUAAAUGCGAUAAUAUAUAGUAUUGUGUUUCACUUACCUUUAGAAAAAUAAAUGUAAAAGCUUAUAAUAAUGAAAAAUGAUCCACAACCAAGUGAUUUAUCCAAGUCUAAUCAAGUAAUUUUUCU